CGUUCAUUGCCCGCCUCAUGUGUUGCAGGGACCGGCAGCAAUGCCUGCUACAUGGAAGAAAUGAAGAAUGUCGAGAUGCUGGAGGGGAAUGACGGGCGCAUGUGUAUCAACAUGGAGUGGGGUGCCUUUGGGGACAACGGGUGUCUAGAUGAUAUCAGAACACUCUAUGACAGACUGGUGGAUGAAUAUUCUCUAAACGCUGGGAAACAAAGGUACGAGAAAAUGAUUAGCGGUAUGUACCUGGGUGAGAUCGUCCGCAACAUCUUGAUCGACUUCACCAAGAAGGGCUUCCUCUUCCGAGGGCAGAUCUCCGAGACGCUGAAGACCCGGGGCAUCUUUCAGACCAAAUACCUUUCCCAGAUUGAGAGUGACCGAUUAGCGCUGCUCCAGGUCCGGGCCAUCCUCCAGCAGCUGGGCCUGAACAGCACCUGUGACGACAGUAUCCUGGUCAAGACUGUGUGCGGGGUGGUGUCCAAGAGGGCCGCGCAGCUGUGUGGUGCGGGCAUGGCUGCCGUGGUGGAUAAGAUCCGAGAGAACAGAGGGCUGGACCACCUCAACGUGACUGUGGGGGUGGAUGGAACACUCUACAAGCUUCAUCCGCACUUCUCCAGAAUCAUGUACCAAACCGUGAAGGAACUGUCACCAAAAUGUAACGUGUCCUUCCUCCUGUCCGAAGACGGUAGCGGCAAGGGGGCCGCCCUCAUCACGGCGGUGGGCGUCCGGCUCCGGGAAGAGACGAGCAGCUAAGGGUACCGGCCCCCUGGCCUGCUGCCCCUCCGGCACGUCUCUCUAAGGGCGGCCACCCCCGUCCCUCCCAGCGAGCUGGGCCGGGAGCCACCGGGGCCAGAGCCCGCCACCGCCGCAGCGGGGAGGGGACGCAAGCCAACUAAUGGCGCAUAACGUAGGGUACAAAAUAGAGCGUGUGCUGUCGAUAAUCCCUCCCCACUCCGGCCCCUCCUCACCUGCCCUGCCACUCUGCAUGGUCUGAUUUCAACCUGGUCGUCCUCUCCCCACGUGUGAAGUUUAGUGGCGCCCAUUUCCAGUUUCUGCAUUCGUCUGACAAAUUAUUUAUUGGCCCAAGAUGAAAAGUCACGCCAUCUGACAGGCCUUAUGGGCCUCUGCAGCCCGUCCUUGGGGACACAGCCCCCGUGUGAAAUGUAUUAUCACCAGCAGACACUGCCGGGACUCCUCCUCCCAGGGGCAUCUUAGCGGCUUCCUCCCAUCCCAGCCCCCACUGCUGUCUGGCGUCCCGAGGUUCCCACCGAGAUGUGUCCAUGCCACUGAAUCGUGUGUCCGUGGAACUGGUCUGAGCCACGUUGUGACAGUCUUGCUUUCUGUCUGUCUUGGGGGUGGGGGGAGGUGGGCAGUUCUGCGGGAAAGUGUCUUGUCUCCAUUUGGGUAAAAGGAACAAAACCAACAAACAGUACCCUCAGUGGAAUUCCCCAUUGCUUUUGUGAGCCAUGUUGUAUGACCUAGUAAACUUUGUACCAAUUCAAA